AUGUUGCAGAACGCCGACCACUUGUCGAACCUGCGCGUGGUUGAGCCACAGUGGUUCUCCAUUGACCGGCGUCCCGCCGUCAGGUGCACGCCCGAAGUGCCGGGGCAGCUUUGGACAACGACGCCCGGGACGCAGGAAGGAGCCAUCCGCCUGCGAAACGUGGCGCAUGACCAGUACCUCUUUUUCGACGGCAUCUUCACAGGAGCCUUCAACGAGGUUUUCCCAGAUCAGGACUGGCAGGUCCUUCCGCAAGCGCCCUUCUACAUCGGUGGCUUCAAGGAAACCACGAUGACAGGAAAGGGCCAGUUCUUCUGGCCGAACGGUGCGCCCUUGUUCAAGGGAAGCCUGAAGUCUGGCAAGCUGGUGGAGGGCUUCAUGUUCGACGAGCGCUGCAUUUGCCACGGCCACUUCCGCUUUCACGAG